AUGUCCCAACAGCUUCCUAAUUUAUAUGGUACAACUACUCCUAGUCCAUAUAAAGUGUCAAACAUCGUAGCACCAAUUGCGGAAAAAAAUUGGUCCGAAACCUCGAGGGAUUGUGAGGCAGAUUGUGAGAAGACCACGAAGCAAAGGAAGAAAGCGUCCCGCGCCUGUGACCAAUGCCGGAAGAAAAGAAUUAAAUGCAGAUUUAAUCAACACACCAGAGUUUGUCAAGGAUGCUUAGAAGUCGGUGGACACUGCCUAUUUCUUAGGGUCCCCUUGAAACGUGGCCCUGCAAAAAAAAAGACUACUGGAACGUCCAAUGAAAGGUCAAGUUCAGAUAAUGGCCCUCUUGACUGCAGGCUAAGAACUCAUUCAUAUCCAAUGAACUUGGGAAACAACCAAUUGUCAUCGUUUGCUCGGAAUUUUUCCUUUCCUUCCAUCAACAGUUUAUUUGUCCCCUCUAUGGCAACUCAAUCGCAACAAUUUUGGAAGGUACCGUAUGAUGACAUUAGGCGCAAAAAUUCUCUAGCCACCUUACACAAUCAUUCACCAAUAUCUACUGGAUUUGGAGAAAAUUAUCGUCCAGGUCAAAAUUCAGGUGUUGUGGAGGAGGGAAAAAGUAUUGGAAUGCGAGGCACGAUGACACCAGUGGAGGGAAAGGGUGGGUAUUCAUCUAGUGCUGGUUGUCCAGGUUCACAGUCCCCUCAAUUUCAAGAAAGACGUGAUAAUCCAUAUCUUGAUCCGUUUACCUCUAGAAGCACCCGUUCAAGUAGUAUUUCCUACGCAAGUGACGCUAUAAUAUCGGAGGGUAGCUCACAUGAUAAAGAGCAAUAUAUGCUGACUCCGAAUAGCGUGCAUUUUAUUGAAAAGGAACGGUUAAAUUCGUUGACUGCCGGACAUAACUGCAAAAGGCUGGACACAGGUGACAAUGCUGGUAGAUGUGAACAUAACCCGACUUGGAAGCCAGUACCUGAAUCAAGAGACCACUCUUAUUCUACUUCUGAAGAAAAGGAUCUACUGAAUCGUGACGUCACUCUAAAUCCGCCUAUUUUUAGCACCAAAAUACAGCCUGAUGAAAUCUCCUUUUUGAAAGUUAUAGACAUCUACUAUAAUUUCUUUCAUAUUAAUUUUCCUAUAAUACCAAUCGGCAAGAAUAAAUUCACCGACAUGUUUACUUCUAUGAAACCACCAGUAGUUCAUGAAAUUCUUAAAAUUAACAACGAAACUAUUCAACAUUUCAAAACUGCUCUAGAGAUUUUGAUAUUUUGUAAAAUAAAACAAAGUAAAUCAUCUUCAUCAUGGUCUCGUGACCAUUCGUGCAGUUUUCAAAAGGGCCUGUAUUACACCGAGAACUUUCGCAAAUGUAUAAACGAUUGCUUUCUAGGUUUGAUGGCUAUCAAAUCAAAACUAAGACAAAAUUCCAGGGUUAUUCCCUCCAGGAUCAAAUUCAUUUAUUUUUCGGUAAUUAUUGUUUUGAAUUUCAUUUUGGUACUGACUGGUGAUGAAACCCCGUCAUUGCUAGGUCCCUCUGUUGCAGUUUUCAACGAAUUUCAAUUUCAUAGGUUGUUUUUACCUUUUGGAAAUGCUCUCUCAAUGCCACUGUUAAAUGCAAACGAAAACGAUGAGAAUGAUCAACUGGACUAUGGUCUAUUGCUCAAAAGGUUGUAUAUCCUUCUAUAUAUUAUGGAUUCCUUACAGAGUUUUCGGCUUGGUCAACCGAAAUUAAUCACCUUCGACUUUGGUAGUCCUAUUGACACGUUUUUCAGUGACAAAACAGGGCAUGACGAAUUUGUUGAACAAAACCCUACAGUUUUGAACAAUAUUCUGCAGUAUCUGAAGCUAGGGGAAUUCAUGACAUGUUUUGUUCUCAAUAGAAAAUCAUUGCAAAUAAAUAGCUCUCAAAAUUCAUUGGCCAAAGAUCAAACUUUUUGUCAAGCCAUAAAACUUGAAAAUGAUGAAUCGGACAAUAUAACUAGCAAAUUCCAGAACCUUUUGAGAAAAAAGGAAAGCUUAAUCAACGAGUUAUUGGCUAUUGGGCAAGGUGCCCAGCUUUUAGAAAGUCGUUGCAACUCGAAUUCUGAGAUGAAUGGUGCUACAGAGAUAGUUUGCACAAUGAUUAAUUUAGUAUCAGGUAUAUUGGAUUUAAUUGUUACUGCAAACCCAGACAAUUCAAUUGAUCUGAAUCUCAGAGACCUUUCUAACACAUAUUUUACUACAAAUAAAGAAGAAGGACUAAUGUCACCAACGCAAUACAAUACUUCAUCCCUUGUUGAGGGAGAACAUGAGUAUGACGAAAGAAAGCGCUUAAGGGGAACAGUGUCUGUUUUUAUGCUGCCAAUGGUGGAAGAGUGUUUCAAUAUCAUUCACUCAAUCGGAUCCAUACCGACCACACUAAUAAGUUUAUACAUUCGCAAUGGUAACAGGAACAAGACUACCGAGAUGAAUGCAAAGAUAAUGAUGUUGUCUACAGCUCUUAACGAAUUGGUGCAAAUCACAACAUUAUUCAAUAAGCUAGUCCCAUUUAAGCAAAAAAUCCACGUUUCCGCUAAACGCACCAAUGACGGGAUCGCAAAUAGCACUGGAUGCUUCAAAUCUGUGAUGAAGGAACUUUAUUUGGGAAACCAUGAGACUAGUAAAUAUACAAACGUGGCGUUGCCAGACGAAGAAGGCAAAAAAAUGCUGAGUAAAUUCGGCGAUAUAGGCUGGAAACUGAUGGAUGAUUCAGAACUGGGUUGCUGCUGUCGCUUCACGAACUGA